AUGUCGACCAAAUCCACCCAGCAACGAUUGAGCCUGAUCUCCAGACACCUGGACCAGCGCCUCCCGUUGCCUGAACUGAACACUCCCUUCUCGACCGAAAGAAACUCUCUCGCUCCUGACGACGUUGAAUAUAAACCUGUCGACCGUUCCAUUCCUCCUUCACCUCCCCCCGAGCCCCAACCCCAAUCCAACAUGUCUACUCAAGCCCCUCACAACACUUUGCUCAUCCCGGGCCCCAUCGAGUUCGAUGAUGCUGUCCUCCAGUCCAUGUCCCACUAUGCUGAGAGCCACGUCGCUCCCGGCUUCGUCAAGGUCUUCGGCGAGACCAUCUCCCUCACCCGCAAGCUUUUCCAGUCCACCGACCCCGCCGCACAGCCCUUCAUCAUCGCCGGCAGCGGCACCCUCGGCUGGGACCUCGUCUCCGCCAACCUAGUCGAGCGCGGCGAGAACGCCCUCGUCCUUAACACCGGUUACUUCGGCGACGCCUUCGGCGCCUGCCUCACCACCUACGGCGCCAACGUCGACCACCUCCGCUGCCCCAUCGGCGAGCGGCCCGCCUUCGAAGAAGUCGAGAAAGCCCUCCAAUCCAAGCCCUACAAGGUCAUCACAAUCACUCACGUCGACACCUCAACCGGCGUCCUCAACGACAUCAAGCGCGUGGCCGAAAUCACCCGCCGCGUCAGCCCCAACACCCUCGUCGUCGUCGACGGCGUCUGCAGCGUCGGCUCCGAGGAAAUCACCUUCGACCAGUGGGACCUCGAUGCCGUCGUCACCGCUUCCCAGAAGGCCAUCGGGUGCCCACCCGGUCUGAGCAUCGUCAUGCUCUCCGGCCGCGCGAUCCAGGCCUCGCAGUCCCGCAAGACCCCCGCCGCUACUUACUACGCCAGCAUCGAGAAGUGGCUCCCCAUCAUGCAGAAUUACGAGAACAACAAGCCGAGCUACUUCGCCACUCCCCCCACGCAGCUCGUGCACGCUUUGCACACUACGCUGAGCCAGAUCACCGCGCGCGGCAUGAAGGAUACCUUUGCUAUUCACACCCAGGCUUCCGAUAAGGUUAAGGCGGCGGUUGCGGAGCUUGGUCUUAAGCAGCUGGCUCCUAGCCCGGAUGCCCAGGCUCACGGUAUGACUGCCAUGUACCUGCCUGAGGGUCUGGCCCCUGCAGAUGUCCUACCUGGUCUGCUGAAGCGCGGCGUUAUCUUCGCAGCUGGUCUGCACAAGGAGAUUGCUACUAAGUAUAUCCGUUUCGGUCAUAUGGGUGUUAGUAUCUCUGAUCCUAACCGUAAGGAUAUUGAUAAUGCUCUUGGUGCCCUGAAGGAGGCGCUUGCUGAGGCUAAGCAGGCGAAGGGUCUGUAG